UUUGCAGAAUUUUUUGAAUUUUUCUGAUACCUCAAAGCUGGUUUGCAACUUCUGCAUUCAUCCAUGGCUGAUCAAGAGCAUCUCACAAGGGGCACAGGAUACGCUUCCUUCCCCUCCCCUUGAGACACCUGAUACAGCUGCCGGCACCUCUUCGCAGCUUCCCGCAGCACUGCCUCCAACUUCUCCUUGCAUGGGCACACCCAACAUAGCUGCCAGCACCUCUUCACAGUUUCCAGCAGUGCUGCCUCCAACUUCUCAUUGCCUGGGCACACCCGACAUAGUUGCUGACACCUCUCCACAGUUUCCAGUAGUGCUGCAUCCUACUCCUCCUUUUCUAAGUAUAUCCGACACAACUGCCGGCACCUCUCCAAAGCUUCCAACAGUGCUGCCUCCUACUCCUCAUUUCCUAAGCACAUCUGACACAACUGCUGGCACCUAUCCACUGCUUCCAACAAUGCCGCCUCGUGGUGAGAUUAUUGAUGACAGCCAUAAGGAUGGUGAUGUUUCCACCUCCGUGGGGCAUUUAUCGGAGAAAAGCAUGUCUUGGCAAGAUUGGGACAAUUCCUUCAUGACGUUCAAAGCCUUCUUUCAUGACGGUGUUACUCAUAGCAUGAAAUCAUCGCAUGGUUCUGUAUUCCUUUGAGAC